CAUGAGACUCCCAUAGGAAAUCUUCAAUUACAUCAUACGAAAUGUACGUACAUGUACGACCUACUGCGACAUCGCUUGACCAUAGAUCUAUCGAUAAGAUGCAUCUUAUCUAAUCGUUAACUAAGAUCGUAACCCCCACCAUGCAGCUCAAUUCUAUCGGAGUCCAUAGGAAGCCAUCGAAUUUCUAAUUAAACUUUAUGACUCUCUCUUACAUCUUGCAUCUCGGUAGCUGUUUCCUCAUUUUUAUAGACUCAGCAAGUUAUACCUGCCUAAUAUAAAAUAAUUAUUUACUCUCUUAUUAAUAGACUUACGGCUUAAUUACCCAUCCGGAAAUAUUAAAGACGCCGAUAUUACUCACGUACAUAGAAAGAAAGACAAUAACCCCGCCAUCUCAGAAUCCUUGUCACGAAUCUAAGACAACAAUAAUCCUACGAACCUCGACUAGCCAGUCCAUCAGCACAAUACCACCCAAUCAACCAGUUCAAAUCUACGUAAUCCAUCUUACUUAAGCCGGGCAUCUAAGACGCUAUGGCAGCAGCAGUAGCGGAGGACGACCGCCCGCGGAUCCUCUACGCAGACUCGGGUCCGGAGCCCCCGUUUCCGCUACGAAUGGAGGGCACCGUCAUAUCGGGCUUCGGUCGGGGAUCCAAGGAACUAGGCAUCCCGACCGCGAACCUACCCGUCGACGAGACCGUAACGCCUUGGAUCGCCGACAUAAAGUCAGGCGUCUACUUCGGAUACGCCUCGUUAGCCCUCCCUUCCUCGCAUCCCGACCGUAAUCAAGCCAAAAAAGACGACACAUACCGCCACCGCUCAAACCCACGCGCACCCGCCGACGCUCCGCCAGCUCCUCUCCACGAUCCUCCUCUUACGACCAUAACAUCCGUAACCACAGCCUCCGAAACCUUCCCCUCGCUCUCCUCCUCCACCUCGGCGAUAACAAAAGAAGCCCCUCAGAACCCCUCCACCAACACACCAGCCACCACCGAAACACCAAAGCACUGGCAGAUCUACCCCAUGGUAAUGUCCAUCGGCUACAACCCGUUCUACAAGAACUCCGUCCGCUCCGCCGAAGUCCACGUCCUGCGACACUUCAACGCCGACUUCUACUCCGCACCCAUGCGCCUUCUAGUCCUAGGAUUCGUGCGCGAGGAGCGCGACUACGACUCCCUAGACGCGUUAGUCCGCGAUAUAAACAUCGACUGCGAAGUCGCGCGAGCGAGCCUCGCCCGCCCCGGUUGGACGCCUCGCGAAGGCAAAGAGCCGGGUGAACUCGAUGGGUCUUGGCUCGUGCGCUAGUCCGAAUGUGAUGUGAUGUGAUGUGAUGUGAUAACGAAAUGAAACGCUUUGCCCGGUUUUUGCGAAUUUAGGGUGGACAGCGGGAUCUACAUUACCUACAUACAUAAGGGAUCAUGAUGUACGUAUGUAACGUACGUAACGUGCUGUACAUUGAUGGACGCGAGGGGUCCCCUGGGUGAUGUGCGCGCUAGGUAAGGAGGGGUAGGUAGGGGUGAUGAAUUUGGUUACCCGAAGCGGCCCGAGGCACGAUGCCGAAAAUUUCCGAUGGACCGAAGGGCACGUGAGACGUGUUGGUUCUCUUCAUCAGGGGAGGGAGAUAUGGGCGCCCCUUAAUAUCCAUCAUAUGUGGAUGUUGCUCUAGUUUCAACGUAGUGUUUGGUGAGGCAAUCAUGAAGUAGCUCAUUAGAUAGGCGUUGGAUGGUAGAUAAAGAGUUAGACGUUACUAAAUUUUGGUAUCUUAUGAACAAAUGAAAUUCAUGGUACUCGAUCGUAAAA